AUUUGUUGUUCAUCGUCUUCUGUUAUGGGAUCUGUGAAGCGAUUCGGGCUUUAUUUGAAUUUUUGUUUUAUAAUAUCACGGUUGAUAAUAGUUGCUGGCUAUAGUGUUGGUUUGGAAUUUGACCGCCGGUGGAAAAAUAGUGUUUUUUCAAAUCGGACAGAACGGACCGAGGAGAAAAGCUCGAAAGAUUUCCAUCGGCAAACACUUGUGACAGCUACGAUAUACCAUGGCCGCACGAAAAGACAUAUAUCUACAACUUUGGAGGAGAAAGGAAUACACACCAAGCACAUUGAAAUUAAUAUAGAUGUCGAUGGAGAUGCAUUGACUUUAGAUUUGACGUUGAAUAAGAAACUGAUACCAGAAGGAUUUUUCCACAAAUACCAAAAAUACGGUAUUUCUGAAACAGUUGUUCCAAAUGAACAGCAAACAAAUCUCUGUGAAUACGUUGGGAAAGUUCGAGGUAAACCAACCUCGUGGGUCUCAGUAUCUACCUGCGAAGGCCUCUCUGGGGUCAUUUUUGAUGGAAAUGAAUUACAUUAUAUCGAGAAAGAUAGCUCCAGAGAUUCCAGCAAAGGGUUUUCUCAUUUUCUAUACAGUUACUCGAAUUUAGCUCGAAGUAACGCAAGCUGUGGACAUGGAGAAAGUAAUGGUGAUCAUGAACACCUGUAUCCGAAUGAAGAGCUGCGUAGGCAUAAGAGAUUUGCGAACCGAACUAAAGUCCUUCGUGGACCUUACAAUGCCAACGAAGAAACGAGAUACGUUGAACUUGUAUUGGUUAUGGAUAACGGGGUAUACAAAAAUCAUGGAGAAAAUAUACAGAAAACGGUGAAUUAUGCCAAGUCUAUUGCGAAUAUUGUUAAUGCGCUGUACUCCCGCCUGAAUAUUUAUGUAGCUCUAGUAGGGGUGGUUGUUUGGAACGAACAAGACGAGAUAGACAUGUCUUCAAAUGGCGAUAGAAUGCUUACAAAUUUCUUGGAAUAUAGAAAAAAACAACUUGUAAAUUUGCAUCCUAAUGAUAAUGCCCAGUUCAUUACGAAACAGAUUUUUGAUAAUGGUGUAUAUGCGAAAGCCCUAAAGGGACCUAUUUGUACAUUUGAAUAUUCUGGAGGUGUAGUAACAGAUUUUUCACCAGUAGUUGGACUGAUUGCAACAUCUGUAGCUCAUACUAUGGGACAUAACUUUGGUAUGGAACAUGAUACAGACGAUUGCGAAUGUCCAAAAGAUAUCUGCAUAAUGUCCACCAAAAUGGGCUUCCACACUACUUACUGGUCUUCGUGCAGUAUUAACUAUCUUAAAUUGGCCUUCUCUCGUGGAAUGGACUACUGCUUGAAGAAUAAACCCAGAUGGUUAUUCAAUGGUCCUUUGUGUGGAAACGGGUUCGUGGAACCAGGAGAACAAUGCGACUGCGGCCUUCCAGAAUAUUGCGAAAACUCCUGUUGUGAUGCUGAAACGUGUACUUUGCGUAGUAAUGCGACUUGUGCCUCUGGAGAAUGCUGUGACUAUGAGACCUGUUCUCUGAAGAAAGCAGGAACUUUGUGUAGAUCAGCGAAGACAGAAUGCGACCUACCAGAGUAUUGUACUGGUUAUGCCGAUACCUGUCCCACGGACUAUCACAAAUUGAAUGCAGAAAUUUGUGAUGGUGGAAACGCCUAUUGCUACCAGGGUUUUUGCAAUAGUAGGUCUGAUCAGUGCAAACUGCUUUGGGGUGAUACUGGAAAGUCCAGCCAGGACGCAUGUUACCAGUUGAACAUCAAGGGAACUCGAUUUGGAAACUGCGGCUACGAUAAGAGAACACAUUCCUACACUAAAUGUACAAAUGAGAGCGUUCUCUGUGGAAUGUUACAAUGUCAACAUCUCAACGAGAGGCUGGAAUUUGGCAUGGAAUCCGUAGCGAUAUUAUCGUAUAGCUUUAUCAACAAAGGAGGCGAAAUUUUAGCUUGUCGUACUGCAAAUAUAGACUUAGGACUAGAUCAAGUGGACCCAGGACUUACUCCAAAUGGAGCUCAAUGUGGAAUAGGGAAGAUGUGCGUCAACCAGAAAUGUGUAUCCGUUUCUGAAUUUAGAAAUCAAGGACAGGCUUGUCUUAGAGAUUGUGGUGAAAACGGUUGGUGUAACAAUAUGGGUAACUGUCACUGCAAAGAUGGUUUUGCACCACCGUAUUGUACUUCUCCAGGCCCCGGAGGAUCUACAGAUAGUGGUCCAGCAACAGAUCCAGGAGCCUCAUGGAGGCGUUCUUCGACAGCGACAUCCCCUUCAGUGACAUCUUUCGCAGCAGCAUCCUCAUCUACGUCAGAACAUUUGAGCAAUACGAUUACAGAAGCAUCAACAAUUCCUUCAACCAACGAAACUUCACUAUAAUUGGGGUUUAUCUCAAAAAACAUUUCAGAGAACAUCCCAAAUACAUAUAAAUGACGAUGUGAUUGCAUGAUUGAGGGCCGCUAUUUUACGACCAGUGUUUGAUGCAUACUUAUAAAAUCUUUCAUUUCUUUGUUAUUGUCUUGGAAAAAGUUAUCAGUAUAAACCAUACACCAAGGUUUCACCUCCUAAUGUGCGAUUCCUGGCACGGAAAAUAAAUGCAUUCUUGGAAGAGCUACUAUUGACAAAACUAUGUUUUCAUAAUGUCGAUGAGUUUUUGCAAAAUAAAAAAGGAAUCAUUUGAAAAUAACACUAAAAUCUAGGUAUAUGGAGGUGAAUAUAUUUAUUGUUCUUAUAUUCCUUAAAGAAUUCAUACUCUCAUUGUUAUAUUGACGAUUUAUAUACAAUUAUAAUUGUCUGAAAGAAAAAA